CAGCAGGUUAGGGCUGAGCUUGCAGGCAGGGAACAUUAUACUCUGACGGUAAUUUGCUGAUUAAUCACAACAAGGACUAGCUAGAAAGAGACAACAUCUUCUAAACUGUAUCACGAUGUCUCAACUAUUAGUCAAAGAAGGGACUACAACAGCUCCUGCUCAAGAGAACGGGGAUCUGAAUGACUUCACCAAAGUAGUUACUGUAUCUUUCAUUGAGCUCUUUCUAAUGGACGAGAUGAAGAAAGAAGGCACCAUUGGUACUAGAAGCCCAGGGGCUGCGAGGAGUGAUAUGAAGCCAUUAGUUCGAGAGUCACCGGAAGAGAUUGUUAGUUUGACACAGAAUCAAGUGGCACUUGAGGUUGCUGAAAAACUCAAGAUGAUAGGGGAUGAAAUUGAUGCAAGACUAAAGUCAGAAGUAAACAUGGCGCUUAAAGGCCUUUACGACAAUCAGUCAAUAUGGGAAGUUGGUUACAGUCAGUUCAGGGGCACACUACAAGGAGUUUUUAGUAGAUGCCAUGACGCAGUGAAAAAUGGUUGGGAGCAAGUCAGUGUAGUGUAUACAGUUGCUGGUAGGCUAGUUGGAGAAUUGAGGGUACAGCAAGAGGAGAUAGGAGGAAUGAGAGAGAACCAAAUGCAGGGAUUUGCCAAUACUUACCUGAGGGACUCGGGGAUCCAGCAAUGGGUGGAGCAACAAGGAGGAAUGACAAAAGAGACCAUUGGUCCUCCUACUGGUGAACUUAAGGUCACCAUAACUGAUGAGGAUUGAAUAGAAACUUGUAUUUUCAUGUACAACAUUACUCUCUCUAUCUCUGUCAUCAUAUUAUGUAUUAACUACAAACAAGAUGAUGUUUUAUUGUAUAACAUAUUAAUUUACUAAUAGUUACUUUGCUGAAUGUGUAAUGAUUUAAUGUUUAGUCAACUGAAA